UGUCAACGGCGGACGAGUCGUGCGCUCUUCGUGGCAGACUCUUACUUUGAAAGCGUCAGCGGCUCGUGCAAUGCUUAGUCAUGUUGUCAGCUGAGCCAACAGGUUCCCAGUACACACAGCGGUGCAAACAAAUUCCUGAGCGGUACGACCUCGAGGAAGGCCUCUCCGGAGGAAGCCACUGAACACCCUGUCAUCCCCCAGGGCUCCAAGUUACAUUCGUGACACUUUUGGCAUCCAGCCCUCUUUUUCUUUUUUCCCUGACAGAGGUGACAACGCCUCCCUCUGCCCUGUUUGCUGUGUACAUCUCUGCAGCCCCCAGCCAAAGUAUCUCCCUCAGAGGGGAGCUUAAAUGAUGUCCUACAUUAAAAUGUCAUUGUAAAUCCGCCCAGCCUCCCCCCCCUCUCAUCCCUGCUAUGAGAAAUUGCUAUGAAAGUCUACCUGUUGGGUUUUGUUCACAGGUUUAAACUUUCAAAGACUUCAACUAUUUUAUGAUUUUUUUCCCCAUUUUUUUUUUUUUUUAGAAUGUUGUGUUGCUUGACACGGGCUGAACAGAAAUUUGAGGAGCAAGGUGUGAACCUCAAAAAAGAUGGUCCAUUAGACUAGCAAUGGGUGUUACAAUAGAUUUAUGUUUGGUUAGAUUGUGCUAGGCUAUGUUUUCGUAAGUCAGUGUUUACAUCCUCCUCGGAAAUAAAGCUGUUGCAAUGGCCAACAUAUACAGAUUAACUGAAACAAUGGGCAAAUGAUUUCUUUGAUUGCUGUAGUACUAGUAAAACGCUCUCUCAGUCUCACCCUUACAUGGUCAAGUAAAUGAAUAAAAGGACAAAGGUAUUGCUCACAAAUACCAGAGAAAUCCAGAUCUUCCAGUAUCAAUGAUACACGUCAUUAUAGUUAAUUCACACCAUGCCACAGUACAAACAGCCAUGACUAGCCUUUGGCAUAGAAAUGUGUUGUAGCUGCUUAAUGAUCACUGUGACUGGACUCAAGUUAAGUCAAGUCGAUUUUAUUUGUAUAGCCCAAUAUCACAAAUUGGCCUCAAGGGGCUUUACAGCAACACAACAUCCUGUCCUUAGAUCCUCAUAUCGGAUAAGGAACAACUCCCUAAAAAAACCCAACUCAACUCAAGGACUCAAGGACUAAACAGAGUCGGAGAAUCCUCUUUGCGACAGAGAUUAUUCUUUAACUUUGACAAAGAAGCAAAAACCAGACACCGGAUAAGCCCUGAACCUGCAGUUGAACCCUUGGUUCCAACUAAGGUCCUCUAUUUCAAAAGUAUCCCUUAUUUCACCAGUAGCCCCCACACCAACCCGCAGUGGGAGCAAGCAUGCCCCUUCACACUGCCCGUUGCUCUUGAGUAGGGGGACGAGGAGGAGGGGGAGGAGGAGACAGCAGGGAAAUGACAGAGUGUAUGACAGAAUGUAAGGCGCUGGUGACGCCAUCCACGCGCAAUGGCCACCGUGUUUUCAGCUACACGCUUGAGAGCCACACGGCUGCCGCCUUCGCCAUCAUGAAUGAGCUGCGUCUGGAGCGGCAGUUGUGCGAUGUGACACUGCGUGUGCGGUACAAUGACCUGGAGGCUGUCGACUUUGUGGCCCACAAGGUGGUGCUGGCCUCAUCGUCCCCAGUUUUCAGGGCAAUGUUCACCAAUGGUCUGAAGGAGUGCGGUAUGGAGGUCGUGCCCAUUGAAGGGAUCCACCCCAGGGUUAUGGACAGACUGAUAGAGUUUGCCUACACAGCCAGCAUCUCUGUGGGGGAGAAGUGUGUGAUCCAUGUGAUGAACGGUGCGGUCAUGUACCAGAUUGACAGUGUGGUCAAGGCCUGCUGUGACUUCCUGGUCCAGCAGCUGGACCCCAGCAACGCCAUCGGCAUCGCCAACUUUGCUGAACAGAUAGGCUGCACUGAGCUCCACCAGAGGGCCCGGGAAUACAUUUACAUGAAUUUCAGCCAGGUAGCAACCCAGGAGGAGUUUUUCAAUCUGUCCCACUGCCAGCUAGUUACCCUCAUCAGCCGUGAUGAGCUCAAUGUGCGCUGCGAGUCUGAGGUCUUCCAGGCAUGCGUGGCGUGGGUGCGCUAUGACCGAGAGAACCGGCGACCUUACGUCCAGGCUUUACUCCAGGCUGUCCGCUGCCAUUCCCUUACACCUAACUUCCUGCAGGCUCAGCUACAGUCUCUAGACUGGGAUCCCCAGUGUAAAGACUACCUGGCCCAGAUCUUCCAGGACCUCACCCUCCACAAGCCCACCAAAGUCAACUCCUGUCGUACCCCCAAGGUGCCGCAGCUCAUUUACACAGCAGGGGGUUACUUCCGUCAGUCUCUCAGCUACCUGGAGGCGUACAACCCCUGUACGGGAGCCUGGCUAAGGCUAGCCGACCUCCAGGUACCCCGGAGUGGUCUGGCAGCCUGUGUGAUCAGCGGGCUUUUCUAUGCUGUCGGUGGAAGAAACAACGCACCUGAUGGAAACAUGGACUCGAAUACAUUGGACUGCUACAACCCCAUGAACAACUGCUGGCUGCCCUGCGCGCCAAUGAGUGUGCCCAGGAACCGCAUUGGAGUCGGCGUUAUCGAUGGGAUGAUCUAUGCAGUGGGCGGGUCACAUGGUUGUAUUCAUCACAAUAGUGUGGAAAUGUAUGACCCGGAGAGGGAUCAGUGGCAGCUUGUAGCCCCCAUGUUGACGCGGCGAAUCGGUGUGGGGGUGGCUGUCAUCAACCGGCUGCUGUACGCAGUUGGGGGUUUCGACGGGACCCACCGGCUCAGCUCGUCCGAGUGCUACAACCCAGACAAGGAUGAGUGGAAAACCAUGGCAGCCAUGAACACCGUUCGUUCUGGAGCUGGUGUUUGUGCUCUGGGGAACCGAAUCUUUGUGAUGGGCGGCUAUGAUGGCACCAACCAGCUGAACACAGUGGAGCGCUACGACGUGGAGACGGACACCUGGAGCUUUGCUGCCUCCAUGAGGCAUCGGCGUAGUGCUCUGGGAGUCACCACACACCACGGCCGUAUCUACGUUCUGGGAGGUUAUGAUGGCAAUACCUUUCUUGACAGUGUGGAGUGUUACGACCCUGAAACAGACACCUGGUCCGAGGUGACUCGAAUGACGUCAGGCCGGAGUGGCGUGGGUGUGGCGGUCACCAUGGAGCCGUGCCAGAAGGAGCUGUCCCAGUGUCAGAAGUCGGAGAGGGAAAGCAGUGCUGUGUUACCGACACAUCACUCAGGUCCCUCUGGUUUUGACUCACGCCACGUCCAGCAACACAGCGGGUCCUACAGUAAGGACACCUGAGCACCAACUGCCACCAUCUCAGUUUCUGCUUGGGGCUCUCCCUUCAGUCUUCCAGUAAAUAAAGAUUGCUCAUGUUGAUUAACUAGAAACAGACAUGCUGAAGCACCCCUCACAUGGGGCAGCCUUUCUUCCUCCUCCAACUGAGUAGGAUGUUAAAAAGAGAAUUUAUUUGCGGUCAGUGAAAUGAGAUCUUUUUAAUCUGAUGUCUGUGACUGGACCAAAGUCUCCAAGAUUCAAAGAAUGGCUGCCUACAAAGAGGGGUUGCUUAUUGGCCCAGGGAUACUCGAAGAGGAGCAAUAGGCUCUUUUUUUCUACUCUUUAAGACCAGCCUUUUUGGCAAAGAAAGACUUGUAAGGGGGAGGGGUGGUAUUUCAAAUAGAUCCUAUUUCAAAUAGAUCCUAUUUGAAAUAGAGGCAAUUGUAGCAUUGUCAGUAUAUAAGAUAUCAAAAGAGCGAAGUGCCAUUUCCGCGCCUAUAGGUAUGAUUGUCGUCACUAUCUUUCCACGAGGUGCCAGACCUCAGGCUCAAAGCGGUGGCACUGUUAUUUUGUGUCUCUCAAUUAUUUGACCCAGACAGGGAAGCCAAAGUUGAAAAUCCAAAACUAAUCUCAGAAAACUGGGAGCUGAUUGUUUAAAACAUGAUAAAAAAAAACAACCCUCACACUCAUUGCUACUUGUAGCUUAACUACACCUAAACGCAUCGCAAAGAUUCAAGCAAAUAGGUGAGUGUCGCCUCUCGUAACUUGGAGAGGCGACUGUUAAUGUGGGUCAGUUAUUUGAAUUAUAUGAAGUGCCAAGAGAGUGAAGGAACUUUUUUUUUGGUCGUUAUUAUUAGAAAUGAAUACUGUAGCAUUUUGAAACUUGGAUUCAAUGUGUUUUUCUAAAAAAAAGGAGAAUAGAUCAAGUAUGAAAAUAAUUAAACAUCUCCCCUGUAGUUGACAAUUUAGUUUUCUCGUUCACCAGACCUCAGAAAAAAGUGACCAUGUUUGUGCAUCCACAUUCGAAUAUUGUGAUGGAAGAAAAUUUAUCUGCUUAAAGAAAUGCAUUUGUACAGCAAUUUAAGCUACAAAGAUUUUUUAAGUAAUUUUUUUUUUUGUAUAUUGAUAUUAUGAGAAGUCUUGUAAUGAAAUUAAGAGCUGUUUUUUUUUUAUUUAUUGGUUUUGGUCUGUUUUUUUUUUUUCACCUAAACUGACAACUUUGUAUUGAAUUGGACUGGUGUUGUGUUUCUGACUAACUAGCAUGCGUCUUAACUAAAAUGAAUGCCCGUGAAUGCUAAAUUUGAACAUUUAAGUUUGCUUCAGUUUGAAAGGGACGUUCUUCCUGUCAGUCAGUAGUUGGAAUGAAUAAUAGUAUAUUUAAGGUCUGCUUUGUAAAUUUUUUCAGCAAACAGUACCCUGUACAAAAUGCGUUGUAAAGUAAAAGUAUAUGUUUAUUGUACCAUGGUGUUCAUGUGUUUUGUUUCCCUUUUUAUUUAUAAAGGGUGGCAUCACGCAUUUUAUGCUCAU